AUGCCCGAGCAGGGUAAUGAUGAUGCCCCGGCUGUCGCCGAGGAUGAGCCCAAGGUCGGGGCUGUCAAGCGCAAAGAGGCCCCAAACGCACCCAAAGCGGCAGCAAAGUUCAAGGCCAAGGCAGCUGACGCCGAUGUCAAGAUGGAUGGCGCAAUCGAUGGGAGGCUGGUGGCUGAGAUGAUUGAUUUCGCCAGAGGCUUUAAGGGUAUGCUUUUCGCGGAGGCGAAGCAGGCUCUCAUGAAAGAGAGGCAGCAGUUCGAGGGAAACUUCGUGUUCAACAUGUAUUGGGGGCGGGCUGCUGUUGGCGUCAAGUCGGUGCACUAUGAUCGGGAAGUUGCCUACUUUAGCUUGCCGAAGCAGACAUGGAAUGAAAGCAUGAGCAUUUGCCUGGCCGCUGCAAAUGUUCUCGUAACCAAGAUCUACCUGGAUGGCUUGGACAUGGAUGCCAAAAGCGGCCUCCAGGAAGUGGUUGAUCUCCGGAACCACGCCCACAGGGCCUGGGAGGCCAUCACCAGUGAGGAUCUUGAGGGCUAA